CCUGAGACCGAGCGGGACCCGGAGGCGGGGCCGCGCGGGGCCUUGUAGGCCGCGCCGGGAAGUACCGGCCGAGAGCGCGGGAAACGCGGCGGCGCGCGAGGGACGCCGCUACUGCGGGGCGGGGGUUAGGCAGCCCGGCCGGCCGAUCGAGCCUCGGCUCUGCAAUGCGAGCGCGGUCGGGUCAGGCAGACCGGUCCCGCAAGGCCCCGACCCGAUGAGACUCGUUCACCCACAGUCCCGGCUGUCCUCGGGAGGAGAGGGAGGCGAGAAGUUUAUUCUAGAGUCUCUGAAAACCGAGGUUCCCAGCCUCUUCACACACUCGCGCGCGCUCCCGGGUUAG